UCUGGAAAAUAAGUGGUCGGGCAAAAGGUGUAGGUUAUGUACCAGGUGCUGAUAUCGAAUCCCGUCAAUUUGGACAUGCAUGGAAUGCUGUCUGCCUCCGCGGUGAAUAUCUCUUGAUCGAGAGCACAUGGGGAGCUGGAAUCGUGCAAGGAACCAAAUUCGUUAAACGUUACGAUCCAUUUUACUUUCUCACCGUUCCUACGAAAUUAAUUUAUAGUCAUCUGCCGCGAAAAGAUGAAGAACAAUAUUUAUCGCCCCCAAUCACAGUACAAGAAUUCCUUUCAUUACCUUUUGUAAAACCUCCAUUCUAUACCGCUGGAUUAUCGUUCACAAAGAGAAUGGGCACCGAGAUUGAAGUCAAUGAUAGUAGAUUGGAGCUGGAGAUUGAGAGAACACGGCCGGACGCAAAUAAACCUUUGCAUGCGUAUUUGGAGUGGGAUCAUAGACAAGUGCCAGUGUUCAUACAAAGACUUAGCGGUCAUGGGAAACGUGGAGGACAACUAUAUCGUAUUAUAAGUGAGAUUCCAAGUCAUGGCGAAGGAAAAUUAAACAUUUUUGUUUUGCUGGACGGAACAGAGCAACGUUUCGAAUUUGUGAUUUUUGAUCAUGACGAAGAAACAUUGCCGGAAUUCUGUUUAUUCACCCCCGGAAAAGAUACAAUCACUAUACCAAAAGUUCUGAGAAAUUUGAGUGAUGGCAGUGUGACGUACGCUCUCGAGACUACAUUGAAUGAAAAGGGCAAAUGGAGUUUGACAUUUUUAAAGGAUGAGGAGACAUUAGAUUUUAUGGCACAGUAUAGUGUAGAGUAA